GGAGCGUGCAUUAGUUUACGUCCAACGUUCGAGUCAUGCGGAUGUGCUUUUCCCACCUGCCUGAGCGACCAGCGACUCUUUGUCUUUGCCAGUGUCGUCGACCGGAGGCAAGGUUGUAGUGAAGAGGCAAAUAUUUCCCGCCCGUGUUGCAACGUAUAGAAUUCGAAAAAGUAUUAUCGACGUGCGAUCCAGUGAAUCGGGCUUGACACGAAAGUAUAAAAAGGUUCCUUUUGGGAGCCAGGAGAAAAAGCCAAACAAAAGACAAGCAAAUUACCGUUGCAUGAAAAAACAACACAAAAACUUGCUGGUAACGUUUCGCGAAUGCAUCUGUUGCAUCGGUGCAGUGUCGAUCGGUGCCAAGUGUUAGCUUUCCCAGUGCGAAGGGCAGUGUGACUGUGUUGUGAAUCCAGUGAAGCGUGAGCGACGUUCAAAUCAUUCAACACUAAAAAAAAACUGCAAUCUAUCCGAAAGCGUAGUGGGUGGAUCGUUUUUUGUUUUACUGGUGCAAGAUGGCAAUCGCAUUCUACAUACCGUCGCUGGACGACGAGGCGGAAAACCUGCGCCUGCUGCAGCAGCAACAGAUGGUGCUGCAGAGGCAGUACCUGCUGCAGCAGCAGUACCACCUGCAGGCCCAGUUGAAUCUGGUCCACCAGCAGCAGCUCGCGCUGGAGCAACAAUCAGCCGCCAUAUCCACCAACACGGCCGCCCCGGGCACUGCCGGGCCGAACGCCGCCACAGUCACCGCCGCAACACCGCAACCACCAGCAGCGUCAAUGCCACCAUCAACAACCACCAACACCCAGAUCCCGUCGAUGGUCUCGGCAGCCGGAUCCACUCAGCAGCAGCACCAGCAGCACCAUCACCAACACCAACGGUUCCAGGUGGUCCGGGCAGUGCUGCACGACAUCCUGUUCCGUCAUCUGCUGGACAAUGAUCCAGCCUGCAGUCGGUGUACGAUCUGCAGCAAGCUGCUCCUGCUGCUCCGAAAAAUUUGUUAAACAGUGUAUGCGUGUGUGCGCGCUUUGUAGCAUCUGCAUCUGCACCAAAAAAGAAAAAAAGAAAGCCAAAGCCGCCGAGAAUCUACAACAACAACUACUACUACAACUACUACUGCCGCAACAUAAGUCACCAUUUUCUGCGAUGUUUCUACCGACACAAAGACGACGAAGAAGGAGGAGGAGGACGACUACCGAUCGAAACCCCAAGACAUUAAACCCCAAGCGAGUGAGACGUUCAAUCUCUGCACCGGCGUACGGUGUGGUGUAUGUGGCUGUGAUCCAUCCUUUUUCAAACGAAACCAAACCCUCCUUGGGGGCCGGUCCGUGGGCUGUGCAUUAACCAGACGGUGCAUUUGUUUUUCAUACGACUUUCUACGCGCGGCGCGUCCAAAGGACUCCGCCCGCAGGCACCGACGGUAUCCGGACUGGUAGUUUAUCCGAAUUUUCAUCGGUAGGGCAUUCGAUGGUGUCGUCGUUAGUAUCGUAGGCAUGAAUUAUAAUGCAAAAUGUUUCAACCACCACUUCCAACCAAUGGAGCAAAAAAAAAAUCAAACUCACAUGCUGAAGAUGGAGAUGGUCUACAAAGAACGCUGAAAGAGCAAGGCGAGGAGACACAAGAUGCCAAGAGCAAACAGAGAACCUGUGCCAACUAUCGGAUGUUCGAAGGGACUGUUCCUGUAGAAAAGGGAAAGAAGGUAGGGCACACACAUACAUCUAAUAUUAGCGUUAUUAUUAGUUUUUGUCGAUCGCUCUUUUGUCGAUAAUUCUCUCAUGGGCUGCUCUAGAAUCUGUCGUACACAGCAUACGAAAAAUUUGUCACCCAACUCUUUUGUUUUCAUUUUUUAAGUACCAUAACAAGCUUACUUAUUUAUCACCAUGACAAGCUACAAUAGCAUAAAAAUGGUCAAAAUGUAUGUAACAUUUAUUGAAAAUACGAAAACAAACAGUCGGGCACCUCCAAAAAUUUGAGCUUAUGAAUUUAGGAUACUUGCUAUGCUUUUUUUCUUUCACAAAUUAGUAUCACCAUAGGGCAUAGGAGCUAAUAAGCUGACAUAAUUUUUUAUGAGGUGUUACGAAAAAACAUACUGAUGUGAAUUACGACAUGUUUAACAGUGUUUGAUCAGGAUUUAGUAGUGUGGUCUCCAACCUUUGGUCCGCCACUUGUGGCUCGUGGUGUAAAAAGACGUGGUACGCGAAAAGUUUGAAUGCUUAUUAUAAUACAUAUAGUUCAAUUUUUUCCUGCACAAUCAAGAUUAAAUUUUCAAUAGGCUUUUCUAGAAUAAUAUGAUACAUAUUUUUGAUCAAAAAGCAUUAAACUCAGUCUACUAAACAAAUGCACUUAAUAUAUGUGAGUGAUCGUAAAAAAGGUUGGUGAGCUCUGUUCUAAUGCACCUCUAUACAACAUCAUAGGAAUGUUCUUCUAGUUUAUGGUAUGACUGAUUCUUAAGCAAUCCCUAAGAGAGAGAAAGAGAUAGCGAUAGAGAGAGGAAGAGAAAGAGAGAAAGAGAGACAACGCCAAUCGUUUCGUUAUAAAACAAAAAUUUGCAAACAACCAACCCCGCAAUUCUUCCCUAUGGUGGGGAAAAUUUAAUUGAAAAGGUUUGUUUAAGACGUCCAAAAGAUUUGUGCAUAAUUGUGCAUCUUAUAAUUACAGCAAGUUGUGCGUGUAUGUGUGUUUCAUAUCAAUUCUUAACUACCCAACAAUAGUAGAAACGGAGGAAUCGCAUCAGUUGGGAUCCGGUAAUGGAAGGGUCGAUAGGAACACAUAUUAACUUGUGUUUUUCAGGAGCAUCGAACAUGCCAGAUUCGGUUUUAAUAUUGUAAUUGGUUUCAUUCUGCCCGUUGGCAGCAUACCACAUAUACACACAAAUACACUUAAAAUACUUAAUUACUUACAAAAGCGUGUAGAUUGUAAGCAGUAACUCGAAAUAGAUUUACGCAACAACAACAAAAACCCAUUAUACUACUAUAUACCCUACACUAUUCUUAAACGGAUACCGUGACCGUGGUUUGAACUUAGCAUUGUAAGACAUUUUAACCUGGCUGUAAGAAAUAACCAUUGCUUUGUAAAGAAAAGAAAAACAAACAAACAAAUGCGACGUUGUGUUAUAGAGAGGUUCGUCAUUUGCACGAUCAAUGGAAGCGAAGCGUAGGAGUCGUUCACCGAGAACAACACAAAAACUACUUAGUGCAAAUAUCCAAACAACAACAAAAAAAAACACCCCCUUAAACCUAAUCCUUAUUGGUAAAUGCUAUUUUGCGGGGGCGCUUUUUCCAAGUUUCGAACUCUCGACGGCAUAACAUAUCAAAACUGCCAACUGCGUAACAAAAUGAAAAGUAACAACAACAAAAAAAGAAGCAAUAAUCAAAUUUGGCCUCGUGUAAUCAAAAACGUUUGAAUUUCCGUUUUGUUUAAAUCUUUUUUGUUCUGCAUUUGCUUCUCUCAUUUGUUCGUGCGGGUAGAUUGUGGCGGUGGUAACUUUGCUUCUACUAUUAUUAUUUAUCGUCCAUCACGUGUAGGUUAAGUUCGUGAUUUCGUUUACGGUCAGCUUUCGAUCAAGAUCUCAUUAAAGCACUUUGUGUACUCUCCCCCUUCGCCGUCUCCUUCCCAUUACCACCGUACGAUCAGGGUCCAAAGUAUUACUUCAGUUGGGACAUGUGUGUUUGUGGUUGAGGGAUGUGAAGGGAUGUGUAAAUUUGUUAAUUGGUAUCCCGAAUUCGAAAAAAACAAACAAUUCUAUUGAAAUUCGUCUCAUAAAAAUAAUUUAAAAAAAAAAACAAUUACACAUGUGCAUAACCCCCACCCAAUUAACACUACUGACCCGACUGUUCGGUGGUUUUGGUUAAAACAAGAACAAACGAAACCAAAAGCUACUUAAUCUAAUGUCAGUCUAGUUUAUGUUUUGCAUUUUAAACGAUGCUAUGUUUUAUUUAGUGCAUUUUCCCUGCUUCACCUUGCGUACUACUCCCCGCCCCACCACUCAUUACAAAAUCAACACUCUACGUUGAUUUUCAAUGCUCUCGCUGAUUGCUGUGACAUUUAAAAUUAAACAAAAACUACGAAGAGCGCGAGCUGUGUGCAAGCUAGGAACGCAGAUAAACCAAUAAGGUCCUUUUCCAUGUUGUACCGUGUUUCUGCCAGCCACACGUCUCGUGCUCAUUAGAUAAGCGUAUGUAGUAAUAUUUUUAUUCGUUUUUUACGUUUAUUUUUUAACACUAGAACUACCAAGUGUUUUAAGUGUCUAUGACAAAACUGCUGGAUAAAACAUUUUGAUGAGCUGAAUUUUGUUUUAUUACUUCAAUUUAAGCUUUAUCAGUCAAAAUGACCGGUAGUUCUAAUGUUAAAAUCGUACCUUCUGCUCUGUCCCUUCGGAUCGGAAAAUGCAAUUUUUGUUUGCCACAUAACAAACAAGAUCCCACAAGGACGGAUGUUGAGAAGGAUUCGUUUUAUUUUUUAUUAUUAUUUUUAGCUAUGAUUAUUUUGUCUUAUUUUCUAAUUCGACGCAACAACCGUAGUCGACGAAGAAGAAGAAGAAGAAGAAGAAAAAACAACCAAUGCGAAAUGAGGUUUUUCUUCGGUGCAUAGUUACGAGGAGAGAGAAGAGAGAAACCAAAAUGCGUAAAUUCGUAAAUAUCUUCUUCUUUGGCUCAACAACCGAUGUCGGUCAAGACCUGCCUGUACCCACUCUUGUGGGGUUGGCUUUCAGUGACUAAUUGAUUCCCCCCCAUAGCAGGAUAGUCAGUCCUACGUAUGGCGGCGCGGUCUAUUUGGGGAAUGAACCCAUGACGGGCAUGUUGUUAAGUCGUACGAGUUGACGACUGUACCACGAGACCGACCGAGAAAUUCGUAAAUAUACACUAUAUUUUUUCAUUCUCAUCGUACUCACCUUCUCCUCCUCCGCUCCGUAAUUAUCGGUUGAGUUUUGUUUUCCCUGAACAUUGUGAGUUACUGGAAGUAAGUCGGGUUAGUGUUUAAGGAAAGCAAACAAUGUGAUCAUUAGUAGAGCAGCUAAGCCAAUAAAGAAAAAGCACAGCAUUUAAACUAAAAGCGUAAAAUCGAACUGAAACAA